UUGAAGCUACGCACGCUUCUCCCCCAUACUGUCAAGAUGGAGGCGAUCAUGGUGGAGCAUGUUGUGGCAGAUACUGGUGCUUUUAUUAAAAGAGCUUCUCUGCACGAAAUUGGAAAGAACAUUUAUACCUCGAAGGAUGUUGUUGAUGAAAUUCGGGAUAAACCAACUAAAAGGAGCUUGGCUUUUUUGCCAUACAAGCUCAAUUUCAAAGAACCAUUUCCAGAGUACAUAAGAUUUGUGACAGAAUUUGCUAAAAAGACAGGAGACUAUCCCAGUCUUUCAGCAACAGACAUCAAGGUCUUGGCUCUGACUUAUCAACUGGAAACUGAGAAUGUAGGAACUGACCAUUUGAAGAAAGAACCUGAGAAAAAGGUCGAAAUUUGCAGUACACAAAGACAUCCAGAGACUCCUGUUGGCAUUGCUGGUUUCCAUUUGCCAUCAAAAUCAUCAGGUAAACCAGGAACAGUCCAACGAUCUACUACUAAUGAGCCACGAGACCGUGAUAAUUCACAAUUCAACAGCUUUCAUUUUUGGAGGAAUCCUCUGCCCAGCAUUGAGGCUGAUAUAUUGGAAAUGCUGGCGGCUGACGCAAUCACAGUUACAAACAAACUAGAGUCUGUUGAUCUGUCAGCUGACAGUCGCGCAGCUGAAUCUGAAGAACAUGAUGGGACUAAAGGAGACCAACAUGAGGAAGAAGGAGAACAAAGCAAUGAUGAUGAUUACGAUGCGGAGGAGGAGGAAGAAGAUGAGGAUGGUGGCGGUUGGAUUACUCCCAGCAACAUUAAGCAAGUUCAGAUGGAUGCUGGUAACUGGGUACCCUCAGCAGACGUCAAAGUGGGCUGCGUGACCACUGACUUUGCCAUGCAGAAUGUGCUGAUUCAGAUUGGACUGCAUGUGCUGUCUGUUAAUGGCAUGCUCAUUAAAAACACCAGGAAUUACAUUCUGCGCUGUCAUGCCUGCUUCAAGACAACAACAAAUAUGAACAAAUCUUUCUGUCCAAAUUGUGGGCACGACACCUUGAAGAAAGUUGCAGUCUCAGUGAAUGAGGACGCCACCAUGCAAAUGCAUUUUUCCAGGAAUCCCAAAGUGCUGAAUCCAAAGGGGAAGAGACACUCUUUGCCUUUGCCUCAAGGAGGAAAACACGCCAGCAACCCGCACCUGGUGGAAGAUCAGCGUUUCCCCCAGCAGAGGUUAUCUAAAAAAGCUCGGCAGAAGACCGAUGCGUUUGAUCCAGAUUACCUGGCCGGCAGCUCCCCGUUCUCUGAGCACGAUGUCUACAGCAAGUCAGCAAGCUUACAUCUGCGGGACGCCCAGACCGGAGGAGGAAGACGACGGACAAAUCCAAAUGCAGCACGCAAAAAAUUUGUUAAGAAGUGAUUGUGUUCUCACACUACCUGCAGAAUCUGGACUGAAAGCCUGAAACGUUGCAUUCAGAAAAAAUUAAUUAAAAUAUUUUUAUAUUGAUUUAUCUGAAUCUUCAGUUUCAUCUUUCUCUUAACUUUAAAGUCCUCCUGUAGUUAAUACUUCCAUCUUUGACCAAUUUGCUUUUAAUUGGUUGAAUGUAAUUACACCCUUGCUUCAUUUAGUAUAAGUGGGCCCAUGAAUAUGCAAAUUAGUCUUUGCCUCCACUCACUCACACCAGCUCAAAAUACCUGAUCCACUCGGUCAACUUUACUGUAGUAAACGCUGCACAAUGGCAAGAGAAAUACUGGUUUAAUUCACCCAUAUGUUUGAACCAGGAACUCAUUAGAAAGAAGUGGAAGAGUGAAUUUUGCUUGACUUUAUUAAAUGUGUUGCUAAUGUUACACAGAAUAUGUUCCUGUUCGCCAAAAUCUGCAUCCUUAGAAACGCAUCUUAGAACGUCGGUGGAGAAAGGCGCAUAGUUCAUCAUAAUAUACAUAAUUGACCCGCUAUAUUGCUAAAUGUACCCAGGAUAACCUGGCUUCUCUUGAGACUCGCCCACCCCUACGUUGACGGGAUUGGUUACAAGGUAGUUUGUGAUGUAAGAAACACCAGUGAUUUCAAACCGUGUUUUUGAGACUGUGGUUCACUGCAAUUAAAAGGAGAAAUUGUGUUAA